UUCUGUACACGGAACUGAUUGCGGAUUUGAUGAGCAGACACCCAAUGGCACGUCCGAAUGGCUACGUUGAUCCUGGCGCUUCAGUGGACGUAAUGGCAGGUGUACACUUCCCUGCAGCGCCACCACCCAUCUACGUGUGCACUCUAACCCCGGAUCUGGAGGCCAAGGCACGAGAGGAGCUCCAGGAGAAACCCGAGUGGCGUCUUCGGGACGUCCAGGCACUGCGAGACAUGAUCCUGAAAGAGCAUUCGGGUCUGAGAACGCGGCUGGACGACGCCUUUCUCUUGCGCUUCCUCCGAGCCAGGAAGUUUGACUAUGACCGGGCGCUGCAGUUGCUCCUGAACUACCACAGCAGCAGGAGGGCCUGGCCUGAAGUCUUCCAGGACCUCAAGCCCUCAACGGUGAAGCAUGUCCUUGAGCUCGGCUUCCUGACCAUCCUACCCAGACCUGAUCCUCAAGGCCGCUACGUUCUCUGCUUACGGCCAGGGAAGUGGACACCAAACGACUAUCCGUUUGUGGAUAAUAUUCGAGCCAUUUAUCUGACAUUAGAAAAGCUGAUUCAACCCGAGGAGACUCAAGUGAACGGAAUCGUCAUCUUGGUGGAUUACACUGGAGUCGGCUUGUCUCAGGCCUCCAACCCAGGCCCUCUUCUGGCAAAGAAAGUCGUGAGCAUUCUUCAGGAUGGAUUUCCGAUCAGAAUAAAGGCAGUGAAUAUCAUAAAUGAGCCUCGAAUCUUUAAAGGAAUCUUUGCAAUAAUAAAGCCUUUUUUGAAGGAGAAGAUGGCUGAAAGGUUUGUCUUGCACGGCUCAGACCUGUCGUCCCUGCACCGCGUCAUCCCACGCUCCGUGCUGCCGCAGGAAUACGGAGGCGUGGACGGUAGAUUGGACAUGACAGCUUGGACUCGCACGCUACUCGAGGCCGAGGAGGAGUUUGUCGUGGAGUUUUGCCAGCCGGAGCCUCUGGAGGGAGCACCGAUGCCCGACUCGAUGCUUUUUGAAGGCGAGCAGCCUGAGGACUCUUACAGAAGCCUGCGCUCGCAGCUCUACUACUGCUACUGAUGCCUCAUCAGGCAGCCGACACCUUGUCUGUCACGAAAGAUGUUAUUUUUAACAAUUAGGUCAGAGAUCAGGUUUUAUUUUUCCUAAAUCACGAAGCUAAAAAUGGUGACGCACGUGUUUGCGUUCACAGAUUAGAAAUGAAAGGAAGUUCAGAUACAGCAUUAUUGUUUUAGUGUUUAUAGGAAACUUUUCUGAGACUGCUAGGAGGUCAGGAGUCGUCAUUGUUGUUGUGUGUGGGGUUUUUUUCUUUUUUUUUUUCGCAGUGGCAUCAUUAUAGCUCAAGGUGAUCGUCCUGGACAUAUCGUAUCGCGUUAAGGUGUCUGAAUAUUUUUAAAAGAAUCUGAUUUUAUGCCAUAAGAACAAAAUCUAAAUGCCAAUAGACACCCUUUGCUAUUACUUUGUGCGUACUUGUCCAAAUGUUACACACAACCAUGAAAAAAAGCUCGUUUUAACACUAAAUGUUCCAAUGCAACAAAGUAUUGCCUUAAUCUAAACAGGAAAGAAUUGACCGUGUGAUUUAAAUCCAAAGCAAUACUCAUUUUGUUACCUCAUGCUUUUUUUUGCACUAUGCUUUUUCUUUUUUUUUGUAUCAUUAUUAUUAUUAUUAUUAUUAUUAUUUUGUACGAUGUCUGCGUGUACUGUAACCGCACAAAGUUUUGACUUAAAGCUGCAGUUCAGGUUUACGAAGUAUUUCUGUUCACUGCAUUGUUCCCUUCAGCAUUUUGUCAUUACACUUUUUUUUUAUGAUGGAUAUCGUGAUUUUAAUUUAUCAUGAGGAACUUUUACUAAUAUAAUUCUGUAAAUGCCGGGUGUUGUGGCUUGUACAGCAUUGUAAGGUUGUUAGUGUUAUGUUAAUGUUCCAGAUUCCAGUAGGUGAAAUAAAUCAUUACCUUAUUUGC